UUCCUACUAUUUUAUACGAAAUUGAUUAAUUCGUACACAUUCCUAGUCAAUUAGUUCCAUCAACGGUUUUCUUCCUAGCUUAUCCAGGCCGAGUGCGUCUGCCGUGAGCCGGAGAAGUAGAUUAAGUUAUAUAUUUAUGUAUAUGGAGGAGAGAGGCGCAAAUGAGCAGCAGCAACGGUUGCCGACGGCGAACGAGGCUGCGCGGCAUCCGGCUCCGGCGGAAUUCACGGGAACAUGCACCGGCAACUUGCUUCAGACGGCGUUGGUUAUGUUGGCGUGGCUUGGCGUUCCUCACGCUAUCGUUGUCAUCGUCUUUGCUUCAUUCAUCUUCCUUUCCUUCAUCAACGCCAUGAUGGUAAUUGGAUUGUUGUUCCUAUUGAUUUUCAUUCCGAUUGAUCAAAACAGUAAAUGGGGCAUUAGAAUAGCCAGGUGUAUUUGUAUGCAAGCUUCCGGUUACUUCCCAAUGCAUUUGUACGUGGAGGACAUCGGAGCCUUUGAUCCUAAUCGCGCAUAUAUUUUUGGCUACGAACCACAUUCAAUUUGGCCAGUUGGAAUGGUUAUGCUUUGUGCCCUUACUGGUUUCAUGCCUCUACCCAAAAUCAAAGGUCUCUGUAGCAGUGCUGUGUUUAAUACAACAGUGAUGAGGCAUAUAUGGACUUGGUUGGGAAUGUCAGCUGCAACAAAGCAAAACUUCAAGUCCCUGCUGUCAUCUGGGCAUAGCUGCAUCAUUGUGCCUGGUGGAACUCAGGAAACAUUUUAUAUGGAGCAUGAUUGUGAGACUCUGUUCCUGAAAUCAAGAAAAGGAUUUGUACGGAUUUCUAUGGAGAUGGGCACUCCUCUGGUUCCAGUUUUCUGCUUUGGCCAGUCCAAUGUGUACAAGUGGUGGAAACCAAGCGGCAAACUUUACUUGAAAUUUUCUCGAGCUAUUAAGUUCACGCCAACUCUCUUCUGGGGUUACAUGGGGUCUUUUAUACCGUUUCAACAUCCAAUUCAUGUUGUGGUUGGUAGACCAAUAGAAGUAGAGAAGAACACACAACCCACUGCACAAGAGCUUGAAGCACUACACAGUCGGUUUAUAGAAGCCCUGCAACAACUCUUUGAAAAGCACAAAAUGAGGCUUGGUUAUACUCAUCUCAACUUGAAAAUUCUUUAAGGCAUCCCUUAUCAGCCCCUAGUUUGUCAGAUUUCAACAACUUUAAUUUCUUUGCAAUUCCUUAUGAUGCUAGUUAAAUAGAAUCACAUACUAUUAGAAAUUUAGAAUAUCAAUUCUCUUCUGGAUUUGAGUUAGUUAAAUA